AUGAUUCGCUCUGUCUGUACCAUGUCGAGGUUCUGCAGCCACUCGAGCGGUCUUGUUCCUCGAUUCCUUGUUGUUCGUAACAGUUCUGCCCCGAAGAUUGCAACGCUGAGAUAUGUUUCAUCUUCUAAUUUGCGCUGUUUUUCUUCCAACACAUCAACCGAUCCCGCACCAUCCGACGCUUCAAAAAAUAAGAUAACCGCGGUGGUGAAGAACUUUUCGUUCUCUAGCAUCUUUCAAGUUUGGAUGAAUGGACUUGUUCAACAAGAGAAAGAAGAAUCUGUUGUGAAUGAAGCGAAGGACACUACUCCUUCGGUUGCUCAUCAAGAGAAAAAAGAACAAGUUGUGAACGAAGCGAAGGACACAACUCCUUCGGUUACUAAUCAAGAGAAAGAAGAACCUGUUGUGAAUGAAGCGAACAACACAACUCCUUCGGUUACUCAUCAAGAGAAAAAAGAAUCUAGUUCGGAUGAAGCAAUAAAGACAACUCCUUCGGUUACUCAUCAAGAGAAAAAAGAAUCUAGUGUGGUAGAAGCAAAAAAGAAAACUCCUUCUGCUAUUGAUUUAGCUCUUAACUCAGUGGUUAAGGUCUUCACUGUCUCUAGCAAGCCUAGACUUUUUCAACCUUGGCAGAUUAGUAUGCAGAAUGAAUGCUCUGGCUCUGGAUUUUUAAUCUCGGGAAAGAAGAUUAUUACAAACGCGCAUGUGGUGGCUAAUCACACAUCAGUUAAAGUAAAAAAGCACGGUUCAGCCACCAAGUACAAAGCAAAAGUUCGAAUGAUUGGGCAUGAAUGUGAUUUAGCCAUCUUGGAGGUCAAUAACGACGAGUUUUGGGAGGGAAUGAACUUCUUGGAGCUUGGAGAUGUACCCAAGCUGCAGGAAGAGGUGCACCUUGUUGGCUAUCCUUGUGGUGGUGACAGUAUAUCCGUUACAAAAGGUGUUGUUUCGAGAGUUGAACUAAGAGAAUAUAGUCACAGCUCUACGGAGCUACUCACAAUACAAAUAGAUGCAGCUAUCAAUUCUGGAAACAGUGGUGGUCCGGUUUUUUUGGGAAACAAAGUUGCUGGUGUAGCAUUUGAAGGUUUGUUCUGGUCCGAUGGUAUUGGCUACAUGAUUCCAACUCCAGUAGUUAAACACUUUUUAGACGGUGUUGAAGAAAAACAUGUUAGUUUCGGCUCUAUUAACUUGUCGUAUCAGUUGAUGGGUAAUGCCCAACUUCGUAACUAUUUCAAGAUGGGCAAAGAUAUGACUGGGAUUCUUGUAAACGAAAUAAACCCGCUGUCAGAUGCUUACAACUUUCUGAAAAAGGAUGAUGUUAUUCUCGCCAUUGAUGGCGUUCGUAUAGGAAACGAUAGUAAAGUUCCGUUUCUUAACCAGGACACAGUAACUUUCAAGCAUUUGGUCUCUAUGAAGAAACCAUCUGAAACCGCUUUAAUUAAAGUCUUAAGAGAGGGAAAAGAGUAUGAGUUCAAUGUCGGUCUAAAACCUGUGCAACCACUAGUUCCAUUGCAUAAUUUUGACAAGCAGCGAAGUUACUAUAUAUACGGGGGUUUUCUUUUUGUACCUCUAUCUCAACCAUACAUUGAUGGCUCUGAUAUGUGCGAUUGUCCUUCAAAAAAGAUGCCCAAGAAAGCCAGUGAACAGAUAGUAAUAAUUUCUCAGAUCUUAGAGGAUGACAUUAAUGCAGGAUACGCCAGUUUUGAAGAUUUGCAGGUGAAGAAAGUGAAUGGAGUUGAAGUGGAUAAUCUGAAGCAUCUAUGUCAAGUCAUAGAGGACUGUAGCACCAGUUAUUUGAGGUUGGAUUUGGAAAACGAAAAGGUUCUCAUCCUCAAUAAUAAGUUGGCAAGAAAAGCCAACUCUACGAUCUUGAAAGACCUCAAAAUACCGUCGGCCAUGUCUGAUGACCUUAAACCUAAACAGGUUAAAAGGGGCCGCUUAGUUCCUCGGCAUAGCAAGAAAAAGAAUAAAUCCCAAUAAAAAUUGUUUGAUUUUUCAUACUUUUUUUUGUGCGUUCCAGUUUAACUGACUUUUAUACUAUCUAUUCAAUACUACAAUUUUGGAUGUUACUUGCUCUUCAGCUAAUUGAGUUAUCUUUAAAUGAAACACAUAUUUAAUAUCGAUAUCAACAAAAUUGUAACAUCCGAUCUAUGAUCUCACCAAAUAACUAUGUGAAGUGUAUAAUACUUUUUCAAUAUUUAAUUAUUUAUUUGCACGCUAACUAUGUGAAAUGUUUUUGACAUGUUUCUUUUAACAUAUUAAUCAAAAUACACCAGAUAAUCUGUGGCAAAAGAAAAAAAUAAUAUCACAAAUAUGUGUAAAGAAGCUAGGGGGAAAAGUCAUGAUACACCUAUGUGUUUCUCAUGUUUUAAGGCUAGAAGACGUUUCCAUUGUAAAUAUUUGGAGCAUAACAUGUAUACACAAUUUUAUACUUUAAAAAGAUACACUAGAUUCUGACCCGCCUUUAAAUAUAAAGAUUUUUUUUGUUUUUUCAAUAUAAAGAUUGAUAAUUCUUCGUUUUAAAUAUAUAAACUGUGACAUGAUCGAGUUUCAAUUAUGCGGGUUUGUUAUAGUAUGUAUAGUAUGACGAAAUUUAAAAUGCGUCACAACCGUUUUAUGUUUGUAAAUAAGUUAAACCAUGGUUUUAUCUAGUGUUUUGAAAUCCGACCCAGACCCGCUGUUUAACCGGAAAACUCGGUGACCCAAAAUAAAUUCGGAUUGGGUUUUGUAAAAAACCCAAAAUUUAAAAACCCGCAAAAACUCGCUCAAACCCACCAAUACCCAAAAACCGAUACCGGCUGAACCACCGGUUGAACCAGUAGAUAAUUUUUUUAGUUGUAUAUCAAAUGAAAAUAAAAAUAUAAAAAGUUAAGUAUUCUAAAUGUUUAUUAAACAUAAAAUAUAUACAUAUCUAAACUAUUAUUUUAUGUUUUAAAGAUAUUUACAAAGUAGUAACUUUAGUUUUAUAUAUUUUUAUUUUUUAUUUUAUUAGCUAAUAUAUUAUUAUAUAAUAAAAUUAAUUUAUUUAUUAAUCUGCGGUUCACCUGCGGUUUACCUGUGGUUGACUCAAUGACCCAGUAACCCAAUAAAUCGUCUGAUUCAGUGUCCGGGUUGGUUUUUUCAAAACAUUGGUUUUAUCCGAAAUUCUUAUUUGGGCUAUUAUAUAAUUUUAAAGAUUUAUUUUCGAUUAUAAAUUGCUAAACAUAUAAAUUGACCAAUAAUAUUUUUGAUUAAGUCUUAUUCUCGUGUAGUUACAAAAUUUCAAUCUCUAAUAUCAAUUUAUUAAAAUUAUUACAGACUUUAAUUUGUGGUAUUGAUAUUAAAAGGUUUAUGGAAUUUAAUUUGAUUAUAUAAAAACAUAAUA